AAUCACCACGAAUGGAACAUCGAAGGAGAAUAAAAUACUCAUGAAACCCAUACUCAGACUUCAAUCACUCUCAAGAUCGAUAUAUUCUCCACCACGAAGAGGGAUAUCAACCAUGACGACUACAUUCACAAUCCCAUUCGACAAUCCUUUCAACAAUACUACAAGUAUACCAGUCAUAUUAGCAGAAACAACCAGCAUAUCAAAAGGCCAACUCCUCUCCUUCCCCGCAUUCAAAACCUGGCUUUCAUCUCUACACAAAUCCCUGGCAGAGCAGAGCUCAUCGACCCAUGAAUUCCACAAAUCGCCUUACAUGCUGCGCAAAAUCGACAUUCAGGCUGUCGAUUACUUCGGUGGAGGGAGACUAGGUUUCUCGAAAAUGAAGGUUGAUGUUUCUAAUGAUAUCGGGGAGAGUCUACCGGGUAGUAUAUUACUGAGAGGCGGGAGUGUUGCUAUGCUUCUUAUUCUGCAAGCGGAUGAUGUACCAUCAACAUCCGAAAAGGACAAGUAUGUAAUUAUGACAAUCCAACCACGUAUUCCAGCAGGAACACUCAAAUUCGCCGAAAUUCCAGCCGGCAUGCUCGACGACAGCGGCACGUUUGCCGGCGGAGCAGCAAAGGAAAUUCACGAAGAAACCGGCCUCUCAAUUCCACAGGAUGAGCUUAUCGAUAUGACGGCUCUUGCUUCUGCAACUGAAUCAGAAGGGAAUCUAUUGCAAAAAGCGGUUUAUCCAUCUCCUGGAGGAAGUGAUGAGUUCAUUCCUGUGUUUUUGUGUCAAAAGAGGAUGUCCCGAAAGGAUAUUGAGGGUAUGCAGGGUCGAUUGACGGGAAAUAGAAAUGAGAAGGAAAAGAUUACGUUGAAGAUUGUGCCGUUGGAGGAGUUGUGGAGGGAAGGGUUUAGGGAUGCGAAGACUUUGGCUGCUUGGGCCUUGUAUGAAGGGCUGAGGAGAGAGGGGAAAGAUUUGAGUUGUAGAUAGCUUCUAGAGUGGUCGAGCGUCCAUUCCAUCUUUAACACCUUCACCUGUUUCAGCACGUAGAAUUUCUGGGUUUGUUGUAUAGAUAACUUCAGCCGAAUCACUUCAUAUCAAGCCCCCCAAAAACCCUAUCCAAUUCCUCACCCUCAUCCCUCGGCGCAAUAGCAGGCACCGACUGUGCUUCCUGCUCCCUCGUACUCGAAUCCAAUAUACUCAUACCCGUAUCCCCACCA